AUGUCCAUCCACGCCAACGGCAGCACACCCACUCAACCCUUCAGCACAAACCCCUUCAAAACAAGACAAGACUUCCAAUCCGCCUGCACAGCCAUCCUAAACCCCCUCCUCCCCCUCUUCACGCCCCAACAAACCCGCGUGAAAGUCGGCUCAACAGCCACCCGCUUCGACGAAGGUGGCGCCCAAUUCGAAGGCUUCGCUCGUCCACUAUGGGGACUCGCAUCUCUCCUUGCAGGAAACUAUGACUACGCCGAUGCCACACGCUGGCGAACAGGUAUAAUCAAUGGAUGUAACCCCGCCAGUCCAGAGUACUGGGGUGAUCUGGAGAAUUCCGAUCAGCGGAUGGUCGAGAUGUGUCCGCUUGGAUUUGCAUUGGCUGUUGCGCCGCAUGUCUUCUGGGACCCGCUUACUGAGAAAGAGAGAGGUGAUGUGGGGAAUUGGCUGAGAAGUAUUAAUGAUUUGGAGAUGCCGAAUACGAAUUGGUUGGUUUUCCCGAAAAUGCGCGAGGAAGUGUUUACUGACUUGGUGCCUAGGCUCUGGUUCCGGGUUUUCGCAAAUCUGGGGCUGAAGAAGAAUAACGCUGAUUAUUCUCAUUCGCGGAUUGAGGCAGAUAUGGAUCAUUUGGAUACGUUCCAUAUUGGUGAUGGCUGGAGUAAUGAUGGACCGAAGAGUCAUCAUCAGAUGGAUUACUACUCUGGUUCAUUUGCUAUUCAAUUCCUGCAGCUUCUGUAUGCAAAACUUGCUGGCGAUUUUGAUCCCGAGCGCGCAGAGAGAUACAGACAGCGAUCGAAGCAGUAUGCCUUGGAUUUUGUGCACUAUUUCGCUCCAGAUGGUAGCGCAAUCCCCUUCGGCCGCUCAAUGACCUACCGUUUCGCAAUGGCCGGCUUCUGGGGCGCACUAGCCUACGCCGAUGUCGACCUUCCACCCCAAUUAACUUGGGGCAUCGUAAAAGGUCUUCUGCUCCGCCAUUUUCGGUGGUGGGCCACGCACAAAGACAUCUUCAACAACGACGGAACCCUAAAUUUAGGCUUCUGCUAUUCAAACCCCUACCUGACUGAGAACUAUAAUUCCUCCGGCUCACCGUAUUGGUGCUGUCUCUCUUUCCUUGCGCUCGCACUCCCAGAAUCUCAUCCUUUCUGGUCCUCGCCAGAAGAGGGAUACCCGAGCUCGGUGCUGCCAGAGGUGAAGGCACUCACUUACCCGAAACAUAUCCUCGUCCGGCGCGGUGGGCACUCGUUCCUUCUAUCGUCUGGGCAGGCGUGUCACUAUGCUAUGCGGGGCACGCAGGCUAAAUAUGGCAAAUUCGCCUACAGUGCUUCGUUUGGAUACUCAGUUCCGACGGGCGCGUAUGAGUUGGAACAGUAUGCGCCUGAUAGUAUGCUUGCGUUGUGUGAUGAUGAUGGUGAGAUUUGGAAGACGAGACGGGUGGCAAUUGAUGCGAGACUUGAGUUUCCAGAGGGGUCAGAUGGAACUCCUAUCCUUGUUUCUGGGUGGAAGCCUUGGAGCGAUGUGGAUAUUGAGACUAUUCUCAUUCCGCCUUCUGCUGAAGCGCCGAAUUGGCAUAUUCGGGCUCAUCGUGUUAGGACUGAACGGGCAUUGAAGACUUCUGAAGGGGCCUUUGCGAUUUAUGGGUGUCAAAGUGAUAGUGGGAGAAUGUUGGGAGCUUUAGAGGGUGGCGAUGAGGGGACUGAACUGGAUGGCGGUAGUGCGUUGGUGGUUUCUUCUGUUGGUGCUGUAGGUAUAACCGAACUUUUUAACUCGAGUUCUGGACGCGCUGGACGAGUUGUGCUUGCGGAUCCUAACUCGAAUUUGAUUCAUGGUCGCACGUUGCUGCCGUCAUUGGCUGCCGAGUUGGCUGCUGGCCAGGAGAGUUGGUUUGUGACUGCUGUCUAUGCGUUGCCUACCAGGUCUCAAGAUUGGAAGCCGAUGUGGGAACAGAAGCCGAGUAUUCCGGACUGGUUGACCAAGAGAUUGGAAAAUUAG